AUGGACGGCCCGGCCAUCAUCACCCAGGUGACCAACCCCAAGGAGGACGAGGGCCGCGCGCGGGGCGCGGGCGAGAAAGCGUCCCAGUGCAACGUCAGCCUCAAGAAGCAGAGGAGCCGCGGCAUCCUCAGCUCCUUCUUCUGCUGCUUCCGUGAUUACAAUGUGGAGGCCCCACCGGCCGGCGGCCCCAGCGUGCUUCCGCCGCUGCUGGAGGAGAACGGUGGGCUUCAGAAGGGUGACCAGAGGCAGGCCAUUCCCAUACCAAGUCCACCCGCUAAAUACCUCCUUCCAGAGGUGACGGUGCUUGACUAUGGAAAGAAAUGUGUGGUCAUUGAUCUAGAUGAAACCUUGGUGCACAGUUCAUUUAAGCCCAUUAGUAAUGCCGAUUUUAUUGUUCCGGUUGAAAUCGAUGGAACUAUACAUCAGGUGUACGUGCUGAAGCGGCCCCACGUGGACGAGUUCCUCCAGCGGAUGGGGCAGCUGUUCGAGUGCGUGCUCUUCACCGCCAGCCUGGCCAAGUACGCAGACCCGGUGGCCGACCUCCUGGACCGCUGGGGCGUGUUCCGGGCCCGCCUCUUCAGGGAGUCGUGCGUCUUCCAUCGCGGCAACUACGUGAAAGACCUGAGUCGCCUGGGCCGGGAGCUGAGCAAAGUGAUCAUCGUGGACAAUUCUCCCGCCUCCUACAUCUUCCAUCCCGAGAACGCAGUGCCCGUGCAGUCCUGGUUCGACGACAUGACGGACACGGAGCUGCUGGACCUCAUCCCCUUCUUCGAGGGCCUGAGCCGGGAAGACGACGUGUACAGCAUGUUGCACAGACUCUGCACUGGAUACACACGGAGCUGUUUGGGAAUUUUCUUUGCUGCUAUUGUGCUGCCACCAAAUGGAAUUGACCAGCGGCUGUUACACUGUUCUUUGCCACCGUGCCUAUGCUCAGAACCUGCUCACUGCUCAGCUGCAGAGCUGGACAGGGCCAGAGCCCCAGGCCCCCCCCACCCCCUGCAGAGCGCAGCAGGCACCCCCGCCUGGCUCUGGCCUCGGGAGUUCCGGAGGGAAGGGAGGCAAGGGGCCAGCGCACCACCCGGGCGUGGCGUGGCGUUUUCAGCUGCAGCCCAGGUCACAUGCUGUGACGAGCUGCCGGUUCUCUCUUGAGAACCCGUGGCCUCCAGCAGCUGCCCCACUGACGCGGCCCAAGCCCCUUCUCGGUCUUCUCUUUUGAAGCACAGCCGAUUUCUGAGCCGGGGUUGGGGAAACCUGUCCAGAUGCGGAACUCGUCGCCCCGGCCGGGCCGGGGAGAGGACGGGUGCCCUCCCCGGCCCGGGGCUUCCUCUGCAGCCUUUCCCAGUGAGCUGUUUAAGUAAGCAGUGCCAUGUUCCUUGUUUGACAAGACAGUCUAUAAAGUAUUGCCCUUAAAAAUAAUUUAGAAGAACCCUGUCGUGUCGGCACCAUUGCCUUAGUCCUCUGUGGGUUGGGCCUCCGCCACAGUUCUGGUGGGAGCGGCUGGCACUAGCUAGUGUGGGAACGGGGGUCGAAGUAAAAUUCUGUGCUUGCUUUCAUUCACAAAAUACUGAAGCCAGCUGCCAGGCGUGUCUUGCCAACAGCACUUUGAGCCGCAGACUGCCAUGCGCUCAGAAGAGAAAUAAGUAUUCAGGGGCAACUGGGUCCCCCAGCUUUCUGAGUGUGCAGAAUCCAGUAACCCCCAUGCCGGUUAAAGUAGAAACGGCCCCCUGCCAGCAUUAGCACACAUCACCACAGUUACCCGGCGGGUCUGCACACGCCGUAAGCCCUGAUCUGGAAAACUAGUCAUGAAACCAACCCGCUGCCUUAAAUGUCUCAAAUGUUGCAGUCCAGCGUCUGUCGUGUGUUGACCUCCACACAGCAGUCAGCCCUGGUGAGAGCCCCGGACCCUCAGCCGUGCCCUCGUCUCCACUGGCAUCCUGAGCGCUCCUCUGGGGCAGGGGGCAGAGAGGAUGAAGUUGUAGAGAUUUCAGGGGACUCAAACCUAUAGACGGUGUCUGCCUCUGCGAGACGGAGUGAUGACACUGGCGAGCUUGAGCCGGACUCUGCCCCUAGUAGGUCCUGAAGCCGUGAGCACCCCUGCACGAUUGUUGGGGGCGGAGUCCGGUUCCCGCCAUCGCAGCCCCGGAAUGCCUGGUGGGGGGCAGCAGACCCCCCAGGCUUCUGGAUUCCCUGCACCUUAUUUGACCACACUCCAAAAUUCCAUUUUUGUUUUCACCCUCGACUCUGCUUUAUGUACAUAAUCAGGAUAUCGAGAUCUCUCUCUAUAUUUUUAAUCAUCUACAUGUAAAUGAAGCAAUAGCAAUGACUAACAUAAGGCCAAGAAAUGAGAUGAAUGUUUGGGGUUUAUGUUUUUUAAGGUAAAUACGGGUAUUGUUUUUAAUUAUUACCUUUUAUUAAAUUGUGGGCUUUAAAACCUAAUGAACCCUAUUUGCAAUUUCUCUGUGCCAUAUGCUUCCCAUGUUUCCACAAUACCUCCCCCCCCAACUCUUCAACCAAAAGAGAAACCCCACCUCCUGAGUUUCCACGGCCCUUCUGGUCCCAGGUUAAUAUAGUCUCCUGGACAAGUAUUUUUUACAUUAAGAUCUGGGACAACAUCUCUUGGGUCUUGGACUCUGGCCCCCCGUGAUGUUAGGACAUCUGUGGCCGGGCCUUGAGUGGAGGUGCCCAGGCACAUCCGAGGUCGUCACUGCUCUGUCUUCCAUCGUUCUGGAAUCUUCUAUGUUGGUCUGUGGUUUCACACAUUAGCUGUUUGUAAACCAUGUAUCUGUAUACUGAGGAGGAACACCCCUGGUCACAGCCGAUGGGUGGUGGGGAAGCUCCUUUGACACAGUGCAAUUGUGAUGAGGUGACUUUGGAGACGGGAGGAGGCCCCGAUGACACGGACUUGCCAAGGUCGCAGCAUUUGAACUUCUGGUAUAGAAAAAGAAAUCUGUGGACCUAUGACCUGGCAACAUGUUGAAACCCUCCAGUUUAAAGACGGCCCUCUAAUAAAAUCUAGAACCACACAGCCCAAUAGGGUCAAACACUCGUGACGUUUGUGCCUCCGCUUUUAAAGGUGCUGUGAUGUUGGCACGCCAGGGUUGGAGAGGCUGCCUCUGUUCCUAUUUCACUGUAAAGUCGAUGCUGUCUGUUCCCCGUUCGUUCUCCAGGGAGCUUCUCUGCAGACUAACCCCCCUCCCCUCCCCCCACCCAGUGGUGGAGAUUCGGUGCCUGGGUAGUCAUGGGUUUCUGUUGGACAUUUGAAUGUGAUAAGCAAGCCAGAGUUUCUCGGGAAACAGGACACGUGGGGUGUGCACGUUUCCAGGGGCGAGCCUUGUGGGUCGAGAGGUUUGCAAUGAUUUCCUUCCUGCCAAAAAUAAACACGUGAAACAGCG